UUAAUAUGAAACUAUGGCAUGAAAAUAUGAUGUAGCCAAAAUAAAUAAAUAAUAUAUUUAUUGGUGUGGUAAGAAAAACAUAUUUGACCUCUGAAAAAUAAAAUGUAUUUUUAAUAUAUUGCACAGAAUAAACACACAUAUGAUUGCAAGCAUUUUUAUUUUGCUGGAAAAAAUAAAUGGACUCCAAUGGGGAAAUUGCACUGAAUUUGUUCAGUGGGAAAUUGGCUUUUUGAACGCAAAUCACCAGAGGGCGACAUUAUAUCCGGUGGUGAGGUUGAGAACUUUUUUUUUUACAACUUUAUUUAAACUUCAAGAAUUACAUUUUCAAUAACUAUAGCUUAUAUUUAAAAACAGUAUUGAAUAUUACAAUAGAAUCUUCAAGUAGAUAACAAAAGCAUCAUCAAAAGUUUAAAAAUAUUAAUACACUGAAAAAAAAACUGACUUUGUCUUAAUUUCCAUGCAUUUAAAAAUUAAAAUUGGAUGCUCAGGGGAGAAGAGUUGAGAACUGAAAGGUGGCCCCUUGGAUUGUAAACGUGUACUUUGGUGACGUUCGCCAGGCUCAAGGUCUGUACGGAAGCAGAAAUCAGGACAAGUAGUUUUCAUGCUCGGACGCGAAAGGCUCAUAAUGCAACCUAAAUGUUUAUCUAUAAGUAAGAAGUCGCGUUGCAGUAUACCUUGUUAGCUGGUUGGGUAACCGCAUGGGUAACUAGCUUAAAAGCAUACUUUGAUAAUAUAAUAUUAACUCCCUGCAACAUAUAGCAAGCUAACGCUAGAUAACAGGCUAGCUACAUGCUCUUCUGCGCAAUACGAUAAUGAAAGCCGUUAUUCUGGCCGCGGGCUACGGAACACGAUUGCAGAGAGAUGUCGAAAAUGAUACAACCGGAAAGUUCCAACACCUCAUCGGAAUCCCCAAACCGAUGCUUCCUGUGGGAAACUGUGCUUUAAUAUCUCACUGGGUUAAUGCAUUUAACACAAGUGGGUGUGUGGAUACCAUCUUUGUUGUCACCAACCAACUUUACCAUAACAUAUUUGAGGAGUGGGCACGGCCAUUUCCAAAUGUCAGAGUCCUUAGUGAUGGAACACAAAAAAAUGAGGAACGCCUUGGUGCUGUAGCAUGUCUUCAGCUCACAGUCAAACAUUUUCGAAUAGAGGACCACGUUAUAGUUAUCGGAGGGGACACCUUAUUCAAGGAGGAUUUCAGUCUCUCCAGAUUCACGAAUGAGUUUUUCCAUCGAAUGGAAAAAUGUGAUGAUAGUAAUUUGGUGCUGUCCUAUCAGUGUAAAGAUGAGGAGACUUUGAAGUAUGGUAUUCUAGAAGUGGAUGAAGACCUACGGGUUUGCUACAUGAAGGAGAAGCCCAACCCCUCUGAAACAAACUCACGGAGAGCAUGCCCCUGCUUUUAUUUGUUCUCAAAGAAAAGCAUUCCACUUCUGGAUGAGUUCAUCCAUGAAAAGAAGGCCAAGCCUAUUGAAGAGAAAGACGCACCUGGAAACUUUUUGUCUUGGCUGAUACCAAGAAAGCCUGUGUAUGUUCAUGAAGUAUCCGGCCGAUUUGAUGUGGGAAACCUGCCUUCGUAUAUUGAAUGUGACACAUUUUUCAAAGAGCGUCUUUCAGGUGUGAAAUCUUACUGGCAGUAGACUAUGGCUGUGGUAUUGUAUAGUGGUUAGGGAGUGGAGAUUAAUACCUCAGGAAUCCAGUUUCAGUUUUCGAUAUGAGUUCGACAUUAUAACCUUCAGGCAGGUGAUUAACAUGCAUUAUCCCAAAAAAGAACAAUUGUCAAAUAAUUGUCCUAAUUCAGUAGAAUCUUCAAAUAUUAUUUCAACUUUUCAAUGAACCAUAAUGCUGUAUUAUAAAUAUAAUUGUUCAGUUUAAUUUUAUAUGAGAGAAUUAAGAUUUUCAAAGGCUCACUUUGACUUGUUUUUUCUUGCAUAAACAUUAUCCAAGCACUUUCUGACAGAAUGUAGUUCGGUAACAAUCACUGCAGGUGCAUGGACACGGCUAUGCCAAGAAGCCUAUCCAUCGCUACCAAAAGGGUGUACUGUAAUGCAUGGAAGAUUGUCAACAAGUUUAGGUCCUGUCUGAUAAACCAAAGAAUGUGGACACUUUUCUCUUUCUGAACAAAAACAAAGAUGCUAGACGUGGAUAUGAUAGUGGCAUUUUCUUUGUUCAUUUUUAGAAAAGUGACUAUAUCAGAAGGCUAUUGUCACGUCCUGUGAAUUUGCAUUUGAUUCUAAACAUAAAAAAUUAAUUUGUUUCUAUGAUAGGCAUGAAAGCCAGUAAGAAGUUUAUAUCCAGUUGCUCAAAUAACAGUCUUACAUGGCAGUAGUUUUCACAGCAUUGAAAAUAAAUAUUUUGUGUCCUGAAA